AUGGCUUCUAAGAAGAUUCAAACCGUUCUUGCGAUGAGAGGCAAAAGUGUGAGCGCCUCCUUCUCAAGCAAAGACUCUACUGGGGUCGUCACUCAGAGCAAGGCCAAGGCGAUAUCUGCAACUCAACAUGCCACUUCCAUAUCGACUCAAGCCAAGGUGAAAGAUGUGAACGGAAGGCGUGAACCAGUUAUCAAUUUAGCCUCCUUCGGGGCAAGAAGAAUACUUCCUGAGCGGAUGAGAAAAACUCUCGAAAUGAAGAAAUGA